GCCUCCCUUAAGAACUGUACACUUCCAGCUGUCACCAAGGGUAACUCAGACCAGGCUUAGAAACCACUUCACUCAACUCAGCAGCACUUUUUUCUACUAGAGUAUGUAUCACUCCAGCCGUCCUCUCUAAAUACUAGAGCUGCUGGAUUUCAUGUCAGUAGGAAGAAUAAAACAUUGCCAAAAUUAAAAUCUGUUAGAAUUAAUCUGUAGAAUGUUACAUUAUUUAAAGGGGGAAGUUUCAGUAAGUUUUGAAAUCAAAGAAGAAUGAAGUCAUAAUUUUUUAGCCAAAUUAGUUGGCAUCUUUAUCUGCAGGAGAAGGAACAUUGGUAAACACUCAUUUCAGGAAUCGUGACUAGGAAAAACAUUUAAGUGUUUUAGAGGAAUAAAUGCUUUACAUGCAAGCACAGGAUCUGCACAUACCUGUGUGGUUCUGGAGUCUGGUGAAGACCAUUUUACGUGACUGCCAAGGGCAGGAAAUGCCCUGGUGAUCCUCCAGCCACAGCUGAACUGCUAGCACCAUGGCUACUACACAAAGAAAAGGCAGUGGUCACCUGAUCAACACUUUGCCCACCUGUGCACUGAAGCUGCAGGAGGACUGGCGACAGCAAGAAAAAUCUGUCAUUGCUCAGCCAAUAUUUAUUUUUGAAAAACAACGCCAAAGGUUUAAGAGGCCUGCAGAAGAUAUCUUAAAUGAAGCAGAAAAAUAUGAAUGUAAUGGUUUUUCAAGAAAGCGUGCACGGUCUUCAUCUUUCACUUUGCACAAUACAGAGUCUCAGUCCCAAGGAGUGUCAACCUUGUCUCAGAAGCGAAUGAGAUCUUCAUCCUUCACUGACCUCCCAACCUUCCCUCCUUCUGGGCCAGUGAAUAAAAACAAUGUUUUUAUGACACCAACUCUUGUGCAGAGGAAUGUUUAUAUGAACAAUGCAGAACCAGGUCCUGUAAAACAUUCUGAACAUGUUUUAAGACCUGCUAUUUUACAGCCACCUCAAGCUCAAAGCUGUGAAAAAGUAAGAAAAACAUUUGGGUACAAUGCAUUGGAACCCUGCAAGAUUAAAGAAAAGACAAAUAACAAGAUUUCUGAGGGGAACACUUAUUUGCUAAAUGAACAUUUACCAAGUACCAGAGUAACAGUCCAGCUCUGUACUACCCAAAAUUUUUUAGGUGGGACAUCAGUAGGAUGUCAACCCAAUGAAGAUAAGUAUCCUUUUAAAAGCUGCAGUUCCAAUUUUGUUUUUGGAGAAAAAAAAAAAUUUGAUACUCAAAAACUCAUACAACCUCAACUUGAAAAUGAUUCACAUGCCAAGGAAAAACCGUUCAAAUCCAUUCUAAAAUUUCCUAUCAACUCUCCAAAUUCAAGAACAGACUCUAGGAAAAACACAUCCUUAAUUGAAUCUGCUGCUGCUUUCUCUUCCCAACCACCACAGAAAUUUUUGCUGGAGAAAGUUGAUGUUAUAACAGGGGAGGAAGCAGAAUAUAAUGUGUUAAAGAUCAACUGCAAGCUCUUUAUAUUCAACAAAACAACACAAUCCUGGAUUGAAAGGGGCAGAGGGACUUUGCGACUGAACGACAUAGCAAGCAGCAGCUGUGGAACGCUACAGUCAAGACUAAUUAUGCGCAACCAAGGCAGUUUGAGGCUGAUCCUCAAUAGCAAACUCUGGGCACAAAUGAAGAUUCAAAGAGCAAACCACAAAAAUAUACAAAUAACAGCUACUGACUUAGAGGACUAUAGCAUCAAAGUGUUUUUAAUUCAGGCCAGUGCCAAAGAUACAGGGUAUCUGCAUGCAGCAAUACAUCAUCGUCUUGUGGCACUUAGAAGCUUCAAUAAGCAAAAAGAUGUCAAUCAGGCUGAAAGCCAAUCAGAAACAGUCCUCCAACAAUUAAACUGCGAAAGCUGUGAUGAGGAUGAGGAUGAGGAUGAUUUCACCCAAGCCACUAAAAAUGGAGCAGAUCCUUCUAGGUGGACCCACAGACAGUCGGUUGCCUGUUCAUAAGCAAUACCUACUACAAAUGUGACAAUAUCUACAAAAAGAUUGGUUGCCCUACUGAAAAUACUAAACCAUCCCAACUAAGUGAGAAGAUCCUAUUCAUUCCUGGGAGAGUUUUUCUAGAAAAGUUUAAGAAAUAUUAAUUUGUUGCAAUUAAACUUUUUCUCUUAUGUUUUA